AUAAACACUACCUCAAAAAUCUUACUUACCUGUUUUUGUCAACUAAUCAAAGUAAAACCGUAGAGAUGCUCAGAGAUUCUUACAAUGAUCAAAUGUUUGAGUUGUACUGCAGUAAUGGUAGGGCCAUGGAGGUCGCACCCAAUUGCCCACGCUGCUCUUCUUCCAACACCAAGUUCUGUUAUUACAAUAACUACAGCUUGUCUCAGCCUAGGUACCUCUGCAAAGCCUGUAGACGGUAUUGGACCAAAGGUGGUUCGCUAAGAAACGUUCCUGUUGGCGGUGGCUGUCGAAAGAAUCGGACUCGAACCAAGUCACGUCUUCCACCCAAUUAUGGCAAGCCGAACGAGCCAUUUGGGACUAGGAAGAGUAGCCCUUCUCAGCACACUGGCUCCGAGUCCAACAUUGACCUAGCAGUUGUGUUUGCCAGGUUCUUGAAUGACCAAAAUGAGGCUGAUCGGUUUGUGGGUCAAGAGGCUAAUGCAGGUACUUAUCGUAGUGGGUGUUAUCCGCCGGAAAGACUUGGACCUGAAGAGACGAGUUUGUCUGAUCAGAUUGUUGGUGAUGGAGGUGAUGGAAAGCAAGGGGAAGAGGAAGAGAGGAGUUUGUUUGGGUUGGUGAAUGAUGAAUUGGUGAUACAGAGUAGAAGUAUUAGUGAUUAUAAUAUAUGGCCUGAAGAUGAUGAUGCUGCAAUAAACAUGCCAAGCUUCUCAUGGCAGUUGCAGGAUUUCUCUCUACUUCAUGAUCACUUCAACAAUGACAAUUGGAAUUCCUUCGAUCUAUCCGGAUUUUAGCUUUUUGAUUCUCAUAUUCCAAAAAUUUUCUAUAUAUAAUACUUGAUUAUUAUCUUCUACUGUUACAAUAUACUCCAUGGCACAAGGCUUAUUUAUAAAGAUCAUACAAUUAUUAUUAUUUUUUUUUUUUGUAGUCGGAGUUAUUUUCUUUCAUUUUACACAAUUAGGCGAGUAUGAGUUACAGACGAGAGAUAUCAAUUAUUAAAAAGAAAUAAAACUGGGAAUGCAUUAGAUUGCGGGUUCCAUAACGUGUAGAUCGUUGACUUGGUCAACCCCUUUGAAGUGUUUCAGUGGCUACUGAAUAAAAUAUUGGUUACCAGAACACGGGUUCGAGCAACAGUUAAAACUCGUCUUCCAUUCUCUCUGCCUCAAUCCCCUGGUUCAUUCUGCUUCCUUCUCCUCCGACUUCGAGGGUUUCAACCUCUAUAAUAAAACCACGAUUCAAGCAAAUAUUUUCGGUUCGUCGUCUGUUGCUACAUCGUCGAUCGUUGCUCAUAUUUCGCGAUUAGGUUUGCUGCUGGGUUCUUUGAUCCUCUGUUUCGUUCUGCUUCCGACCCCUUCGAAUCCAAGGGUUUCAGCCUCUGAAACAAGAACUGAGUCACGCUGAUAUUUUUGUUCAUCGUCUGUCGCGACAUUUUCCAUCUUCGCUCAUUUUUCUUAUCAAUUUUUGGCGCUUACGCUUGCUGCUGGGUUUUCGUUGCUUCUGGUGUUGCUAGCCGCUAAAGCUUCCAUUUAACCCUGACAUAGAUAUGUUUCCUCCUUUUCAUCAUCAAUAUUUAAUUAACCAAGGACUCGGGAUCGAGCACUAAAACGAUGUCCUACGACGACCUGGAGAUAGAGGACAUGGAGUGGAACGAGCAGCUGCAUAUCUGUCCUUGUCCAUGCGGCGACCUGUUCCAGAUGACUAAAGAGGACCUUAUACUCGGCGAGGUGAUCGCUCGGUGCCCUAGCUGUUCUCUUUACAUGACCGUAGUCUACAGCGUUGAAGACUUUGUCAAGGAUUGCAGUAAGCCCAGCAACGGACCACCCAUACAAGUUGCUUGACCCAACCUCACUUCCUCCAAAUGCUUGGACUGCAGAUGUCGAUAGAUGCGAGGUUACCUACAAAAAAUAGAACUGAAUGAUCAAACUAGAGAACACAUUGACUAAGGUCUUGUGGCUAUUUAUUGUCAGUCAAAGGACACUUAAACCUGGUCACAUAGGAUAACAUGUGGGUUGCCAUGGAGUUUGUGGACAAUUAUCAGAUAAGCAGUAGCAACCAUGGAAGCGGUGUAAGGAUCAGUGAGGGCAACCAAAUGAUCUUAGUGUAGUGAGUUUGUCUACAAAAGUAGAAUAGGUUGGAGGGUGGAAUGGAAUUCUUUAAAAUUAAAUUGUAAUGAAGAGGUAAAGGUUUAACCAUUCCCAGGUAAGGCAUGGUGGAGAAUAAGAAGCUUGUGAAAUAGAAGAAGCUUUUGAGCCAAGUUGGAAAAUUAGCAGAACAUGCUCAAAGGAGCAAUUCUUGUAUCACCUGCUGCUUUGCUGGAACGGUUGACUAGCUUGCUUGGAUCCUUGGUAACCAACUGCCUGUGCUGCCGCCCUUUUGUACAUAAUUUAUAGUACGUAGCUUACAUAGCCUAGCAAGGCAUGCUAGGAAAUUUGUUGAAACCUUCUACUCCAAAAGAUACUUUGUCACCUAAGGUGUUUGGUUAAUAAAAUUCAUGAUGGACUUUUGGAGAUGAAGUAUGGAAAUAAAUGACUCUUUGAUUGCUAUUUGGUGAUUUUUAGUUAAUAAAGAAAUGCUUAUUUAGACAAAUUAAUCUGGCCGCUAGUUCAUGGUUGGGGAAUCGUUUGCCCCCACCUUCCAUGAUUUGCUCCUACCAGGGGCCAUGUAAUCGUAAUAAAAUCCAACUUGUUUCACUCAUUGCUUGUCAGAAGCUGUUUGGAAGGCCCAUCCUAAUUAGAGAUCUCUUUCUUAUGUUUCUGUUUGUUAUUUUGCAACUACGAAAUAUUCUCCUUUGUCUUUCUUUCUUUUUUCUUUUGAAAUAUAUCCUACUUUGUCUUUUUUAUGGGGGCCACCUUUAGAUUUUGCAGUUAACUGCAUGGUAAAGAUGUCAUUGCCUGCUUAUAAUUGAAAAAGACAUGCCUCUAAUCCCUAAUAAUUUACAAAAUUUUCUGUUAACAAAAACUCAUACUGAAUAAAUAUUAAUAUCUAUAUUAAUUUACCUGAUGGUAAGGUAGUAAUUUUCUCUUUGAUGAUUUUAUUUUUUAAAAAUAAAAAGUAUAAAAAAUAUAUUAAAUCUCAGGCACCAAAUAGGUGUCACCUAUGUGCAAAAUCAUUUACAAGUCAAUAAGUAUAUUUAUAAAAUUUCCAAAGUCCUUUAUGUUAUAAAUAGGAUAUCCUAAAACCAAAGAUCUCAAAUAGUGUUACCAUCUGUCCCGAAUUUUAUUAAACUCUUCUUUUAUGUUCUCAAAAAUUCUACUAUUUCUCUCUUUCCAAACCACCCAAAAUGUUGUAAGCGGAAUGCAAUUUACAAUUUUCCUUCGCUUACUAAUACCCUCCCAUGCCCAAAUCUCAUUUUUUAACCAAGCAGCAAUAACCCACCUAAUCCCCAAUAAUUUAUAAACAAUAGUUCGUAACUUAUAUACCACCGGACACCAUAGUAGAAUAUGAUUACAGGGCUCCACUUUUCUCUUACGCAGAAAAUAUCCAUUUACCAUAAUUUUCCCUUCUCAUUGGUUUAUCAAUGGUUAAUAUCCACUCUCUUUCCGCCUCCCAUGCAAGAAACACAAUUUUUGGAGGAGCAUUCACUUUCCGAAUCUGCUCGAACAGAAACCUGGUGCCACUCUCAGCUUCAUUCCCAACCUAUUGAUUAUACUAGGACUUGACUGUGAAUUCUCCUUUCUUCUUAAAUUUCCAAACUCGCUGAUCCCUGUUAUCAUUCAGAUUCAACCUAGAAAGUAAGUGGAGCAAUGCCUUAUAUUCUUCAAUUUCCCAAUCAUUAAGAUUUCUAUUCACAUAAACAUCCCACUCUCUGUUACCUCCAUCAUCCCUAUAAGUCUCCUUAGCUGUAAUAUUCUUGAAUCAUGCAAUGGUAAAGAUCUUCAACCAUUUCAUAAAUAUAACCCAGUUUCACCAUCUCAUUUAUGAUAUUAUGUGGCUUUCAAAGAUCUCAUUUAUUUUCCAGCUGUGAUCUGUUACUAAUAUUGGACAAAUAGUAUUCAUAGAGCCAUCACUAUCAUUACCUUAUCUAAAAAAAAAAAAGGCCAUCACCAUCACUACCUUAUCUCAAAUCUACAUGAAGCUGAUAAGCUUCAUGUAGAUUUGAUAGUAUUCAUCCAAAUUGAAAUGUGAAAUCCCAAACAGUAGAAGUUUCGUGUGGCAAGGUCUCUGUACAAGUGUAAAUACUACAUAUAUACAUGAAGUAUUCGUGCUGAUUAAUCUGCUAAGCACAAAUCAGCAUAACCAAAUUCUUUUAUUCACCUUUGCAUAACAAACCACAAGCUGAGAUGUCUCAACCUGCUUCAGAGCAACCCAAACUUUUUCUUCUGUAUCAAAUGGAUGAUAGCUCAAAAGAUUCCAUUCAUCUUUUGGUAAAUUAGAAUGCAGCCAAGGUAUAUUUGUCAAGCUUACUGAUGAUAAAAAGGACAUCCAGAGAAAUGUGGCGGACUAGUUCUGCCCAUGAUAUUUAGAUGAUAGAAGAGUAGCAAUAUAGUUCCAUCGUCAUGUCAAGGAAAGAAAUGACUGUUCUUUGUUUCUCAACAUAUCUCUGUUUCUGUACAUCUCUGCCUUCAAUUAAGAAAUACUUUCUAUGA